ACAAGGGCGGGUUUGUCUGAAUACGGGUAGGGUGAAGAUUGUGGAAACGCCUGUUUUCAGGCAAGACCGUGUAGUUCAGUGUAAAGCUGAUCCAGCACUCUGAACCCUGAGCUUUGCUGGGACUGUGAGCACUUUGUGGGCAGCGAUGGCUGGCAGUACGACGGUGGUGAUGCGGCUCUUGGCUUCGGCCUACACCGUUGCUGAAAAGGCUGGAACAAUUGUACGGAAUGUCCUGCAAAAAGGAGACCUGGGAAUUAUAGAGAAGACGGGUGCGAACGACGUGCAGACGCUGGCCGACCGGCUCGUACAGAUGAGUAUAUGUGCUUCACUGUCCAAGAGUUUCCCCAGAAUCACCAUCAUUGGUGAGGAGGAUCUACCAGCUGAACCCGUAGACAAGGACUUGAUUGAGACCAGCCAACACGACGUGAUCUUACAAAAGCCGUGCCCGGAUGAGUACAGCGGGCUGAAGGAGGAGGAGUUGGUGGUGUGGGUGGAUCCUCUAGAUGGCACCAAAGAAUACACUGAAGGGCUGCUGGAUCAUGUGACCGUGCUAAUAGGUAUCGCUUAUAAAGGGAAGGCCAUCGCUGGAGUGAUCAAUCAGCCCUUCUACAACUACCAGGCCGGCGCCGGGGCCCCUCUGGGCCGGACGCUGUGGGGAAUGCUGGGCGUGGGGGCCUUCGGGUUCCAGCUGCAGGACGUGCCGGAGGGGAAGCGCAUCGUCACCACGACUCGCUCUCACAGCAACAAACUGGUCACGGACGCGGUGCAGGCCAUGGAGCCUCAUGAUGUCAUCAGAGUGGGCGGAGCUGGAAAUAAGAUCAUCCAGCUGGUGGAGGGAAAAGCCUCGGCGUACGUGUUCGCCAGUCCGGGCUGUAAGAAAUGGGACACUUGUGCACCCGAGGCUAUUCUGCAUGCAGUCGGAGGAAAGUUGACGGACAUGCACGGGAACACGUACCGCUACGAUGCUGAUGUGAAGCACAUGAACUCGGCCGGUGUGUUAGCAACACUGAAGGAUCAUCAGUUCUACACCAGCCGUGUUCCUCAGUCCGUCCUGCAGGCCCUGAAGUCUGACUGACCUGAACCGGCUCCGAACCCCCUCCGAACCAGAUUCAGACCAUCAGAACCGGCUCCGGACCCUCAGAACCAGAUUCAGACCAUCAGAACCGGCUCCGGACCCUCUGAACCUGAUUCAGACUAUCAGAACCGAGCCUGUGUGCCUUUAGAUUACAGUCAGUACAGUCCUCGCACCUGAAGUCGUGACUGACUGUGCUUUCAUCCAGAAAGAGGAAAUAGAUCUGAGAUAAUGACAACUCUAACACAUCUGUAACACAUCUGUAACACAUUUGUAUGUUGUUUUUAGCUGCUGAAAUGUCCGGCUGUAUUAAAUGAUUUUGUUUA